CUGCAGUGCGUUGCUCUUCCACUGGGUGGCGGCAUAUCCCAACGGCAGUCAAUGAUUCAUGUGAGAAUGAGUCAUUUCUUGCACCAAGUACCGUAGGAUCGUCUUAAAUGUGCUAGCAUGCUGCCAUGAGGACAAGCUGGUCUGUGUCCCUGAUCAAGUGGCCGCAUCCCAGGGGUCCGAUAACGACUUUAAGACCGUUUGAGGAUUUCAAAACGAGCCACCGCCUUAUCGCCGCCCGUGGUGUUCCCAACGUGUGUUUUUCAGAAGUGCGGGCGGCCGCUUCUGACAGCUGCGUGCGUCACACUGCGAUCCUUCUCGAUUCAGGAUCAGGUGGAAGAACAUCAUCAGGCGGUGCCGUCCCGUCCCGUCAGUCAUGAGCCGGUCAGCUGCCCCGGCCAAGUCACCAGCGGCGGUGGGCACGCCGCCCCUUCUUCUUCUCCUCGCCCUUCUGCUGAGCCGCUUCUCCCAGGGCGUCGGCGGCCUUCCUCAGCCACUGCCCCGAGUCUUCCUCUCGUUUGACGAGCUGCAGAAUGGCGCCUCGUUGGACCACUACGCGCUGUCGGACAAGCCCAUGGACUACCGCAUCCUGCACGUGGAUGAGGACCAGGACCGGAUGUACGUGGGCUGCAAGGACCACGUGCUCUCGAUGGACAUCAACAACAUCACACAUGCCACGCAAAAGGUGUUUUGGCCGGCGUCGACGAGCAAGAUCGAGGAAUGCCAAAUGGCGGGAAAAGACCCCACGCAUGGCUGCGGCAACUUCGUGCGGGUGGUGCAGCCGUACAACCGAACGCACCUCUUCGUGUGCGGCAGCGGCGCCUACAGCCCCGUCUGCGUCUACGUCAACAGGGGGCGCCGGCCGGAGGAACAAACCUUUCACAUUGACUCCAGGUCCGAGUCGGGAAAAGGGAGGUGCUCCUUCAACCCGCGAGUCAACACCGUCUCCAUAAUGCUCAACCAGGAGUUGUUCUCUGGCAUGUACAUUGACUUCAUGGGCACGGACGCGGCCAUCUUCCGCAGCCUCACCAAGAGAAACGCCGUACGCACCGACCAGCACAAUUCCAAGUGGCUUAGCGAACCCAUCUUCGUGGACGCCCACCUGAUCCCGGACGGGACGGACCCCAACGACGCCAAACUGUACUUCUUCUUGCGCGAGAGGCUGACGGACAACAACGGCAACACCAGGAACAUCCACAGCAUGGUGGCGCGAGUCUGUCCAAGCGACAUCGGAGGCCAACGCAGUAUGGUCAACAAGUGGACCACCUACCUCAAGGCGCGGAUGGUUUGCUCCGUUCUGGAGGAGGACGGCACGGAGACGCACUUUGAUGAGCUGGAAAGUGUGUUUUUGCUGGAAAGCGAGCAUCCCAAAGGCCUGCUGGUGUUCGGAGUCUUCACGUCCACAAGCUCCGUCUUCAAAGGCUCGGCGGUGUGCGUGUACAACAUGGCUGACAUCCUCACCGUCUUCAACGGGCCCUUCGCUCAUCGAGAUGGACCCAACUUCCAGUGGGUGGCCUUCCAGGGACGCAUCCCGUACCCCAGACCCGGAACGUGCCCCGGUGGAGCUUUCACGCCGGACAUCCGCACCACCAAAGAAUUCCCGGACGACGUGGUGAACUUUGUGCGCAACCACCCGGUCAUGUUCAACCCCAUCUACCCGGUGGGAAGGAGACCCCUGGUGGUCCGCACCGGCGCCGACUACAAGUACACGGCGGUGGCCGUGGACCAGGUGGCCGCCGCUGACGGAAACUACCAAGUCCUCUUCCUGGGAACCGACAAAGGGAGCAUCCAGAAGGUGAUCGCCCUGCCUACCAAUCAAUCCUUGCACAAGGAUCUCAUCCUGGAGGAGCUGCAAGUCUUUCAGAACGAAGCUCCGGUUACCAACUUGAGAAUCUCCUCCAAAAAACAACAACUGUACGUGAGCUCGGAGCUGGGCGUGUCGCAGGUGUCGCUACACCGCUGCCACGCCUACGGCGCUGCCUGCGCCGACUGCUGCCUGGCCAGGGAUCCGUACUGCGCCUGGGACGGACACCGCUGCUCGCGCUUCUACCCCAGCGGAAAAAGGAGGAGCAGGAGGCAAGAUGUCAUGCACGGAAAUCCGCUCACGCAGUGCCGCGGAUUCAAUCUGAAAGCUUACCGGAAUGCAGCCGAGAUGACGCAGUACGGCGUGCGGAACAACACCACCUUCCUGGAGUGCCUGCCCAAGUCGCCUCAGGCGUCCGUCCGCUGGCUCAUCCACAGAGACGACGACAGGAGGAAAGAGGUGAAGCUGAGCGAGCGCGUGCUGUCCACGGAGCACGGCCUGCUCAUCCGCUCGGCCCAGCUCUCCGACCAAGGCCUCUACUACUGCCUGACCACCGAGAACGGUUUCAAGCGCACCGUGGCCAAGAUCCGCCUGCGGGUGCUGAGCGCCGCCGCUGCCGGGGCGCUGAGCGAAAGGGGCCGCUCGCCGUGGCCCUGGUCCGCGGGGGCGCCGGGCGCGCACCCCAAGGCGCUGCUGGAGGCCUUCAGCCCGGCCGAGAAUCUGGCCGUGCAGCAGUACUGCAAGGAGAGGAAGGAAAGGAAGGAGCUCCAGGAGAAGCAGAAGAGCGUUGCGCACCCGCCGCCGGGGCCGCUCAGGGGGGACUUGGCCAAGCUCAAGCCCCUGCUGGAUCGCAGGAAGAGCCGCCACAGGCGGAAUCACCUCCCGGAGGACUAAAAUGACAGACGGACGGCCGCGAUGUCGCCGGAGCGCCCGCCACCAGCGAAACGGGGCCUGAGAACCUUUUUGAUGCCGUGUCGUGACAAAAGGCUUGAAGAGGAUGGAUGCAUGCUUGACUCUCUGAGGGGGGAAAAAAAUGAUGCCAAAUCAUCAUUUCCAAGUCGUUAGUGUCCACUUCCAAUAUGUAAGCAUUCACUUUGAUCAGCGAGAGGAUAUCCGCUCAUAAUUUAUUGCAAAUUCUUUUGCAGACUCCCCAGGUGGUCCGAGGAACCCCCGGUUUGAGAACCGCUUCGGUCGCGGGUUCACCUCAACUGUGCUUUAAUCCGCACAAAAGCGGAAAAUGUCCGCCGCGUUGUGAAUACGUCAUGUAGAUAAAGAUGACCUUAUUUAAUGUGAAUACGCGCUCGUCUUCUGUGUAAAUACAAUAUGACGCUAUUGAUUUGAAUGUUGUUUGUAUUUUUUUUUUUUUUGCAGAUCAUCAGUUAAUGUUGCUAGGGACGCGGCGUUUCAAGCACCAUGUAAGCAACCCUUUUCUAUUUAUUCGUGGAACCGAUGUCCUGAAUUAAAUGUGUUUAGCUGAGAUUGCAUCUCUGUGAGCUACGAAGCUAAGCUAACAGGCUAACGUCACCGUACCGCGUCUUAAAACAAAAGAUUUCAAUUCCUGCCCUUGGUUGUAAUUCCGUUAGCUUUGCGCUAGCUAACGGGAGUUAGCAGCAAAACCGCAAAGUUGACGUUGAAAUUAUUCGAGGCCUUUUCACACAGUGUCAAUAAUGACCUUCGUUUGUCGUCGGGUCGUUCGGAAUAACAUUUUCAGUGGCGUUUGUUUGAUGCUAAUCUACUGAUAGCUAACUUCCGUUUCCGGAUUGAUAUUUUUCAGUGUUGUUGUGCAGUAUAAAACGUCUCGCUUUUGAA